AUGGCGGCCAGUAAACCAAAAUAUCCACAGGGCUUUUCACAAGAGCAUAUUGAAAUGUGUAAAACCCAUGAUUUACCUCUUGAUAUGUUAUGUGAGGACUGUGAUGAAUUUAUUUGUGGUAAGUGUGCCAAAACAGAUCAUAGAGAUCAUGAAUGGAGCACUAUACCCACGGCAGCUCAGCAAAGACGUAGGGGUCUGCUUUCAUUUCUUAAGAGGAUCAAGGAAAAAGAUCUGUCUAGGGUUGAUGAGAAGAUGGAGAAGAUGUCACAACAAAUCACAGAAAAUAAAGAAAUUUGUGACUCUGAGAUUAAAAAACUUCAGAAACAUGUUGAUGAGAUAAUGGCCAGGUUGAAAGAAAUCAGGAAAUGCCAUGAAAAGACAUUGAGAGACGAUUUGAAGAAAAGCAAUGAAAAGGUGGAUUCUUUUAAAUAUGAGCUAAACAGAAAGAAGAAAGAAAUUGUAGAAACAGUUCAGUUUAUGGAGGAAAACAACAACACCAUGUCAGAUUACGGCUUCCUUGACAACCACAGAGACCUGAUAAAAAUGCUCUCUGGCCUAGAUGUUGAUAUGAAGUGUAGUACACCGUCAAUGAGAUAUAGUAAAGGGGACGCCAGUGAUGCUGUACUAGAGAAAUUAAUUGGAAAGAUCUUUGAUUUAGAUGGUAUUAGUUUGACUGAAAAAAGUUCAUUUGAAUAUGGAAAGGAAACGGUAUUUUUCAUGAGGGCACUGUGUGACGAUGAAUGUUGCAUAAAACAGCUAUCAGGUGACAUUGAACAAAUAAACAAAGAAGGUGUGAGAAAACAUAAAUAUAAUACCGCUGCUGGUGACAUGUGUGUGACUGAUACUGGUGAUGUUUAUUUCACCCUUUCUAGUAACGAUUCCAUCAACCAUCUGUCACCAUCAGGAUCUGUCUCUACAAUCAUCAGUACAUAUCCACUUUCACCACUAGCAAUCUGUUAUUCAAGGAACGGUGGACUACUGGUUACCUUGAGAGACAAUAUAUCAUAUCAUUUCGAAUUAAAUUCACACAGCAAACGUCUGGUGAGACACAUCACAGUGACAGGUGAUGUCAUCCAUGAGUAUGAGUACCAGGAGGACGGUCAGACCAGACUGUUUACAUUGCCAUACAGAGUCACACAGAACAGUAACUGUGAUAUCUGUGUUGUGAACAGUACAAGUAUCAAAACAGGUAACAUAGUCAUUAUGUCUCCCUCUGGUCGUAUGAAGUCUGUCUAUCGUGGACAGAACCUGACAGAGAACUUUAAACCACUAGAUGUAGUGUGUGACUCCCACUGUAACAUCCUUGUGACAAACAGGCACGAUAAACAUAUACAUCUGCUAAGUCCUGAUGGUGAAUUUUUAAAGUUCUUACUGACAGACAACAAAGUGUACCAUCCCUCCAAACUUUCUUUAUACAAGUCUACACUCUGGGUGGGAUACCAGGAAAGACUUGUCAAAGUGUUUCAGUAUAGUGUUAAAAUCUGA